AUGCCUCGCUCCGCCACUUCCCUGCUGCUGACAAGCGGCCUGGCGAUCAUUGCGCUGCUGCUGGUGUCUGCGCCCUCGGCCCGUGCUGGCGCCGUUUUUGAGGUUCGCGAGGAGGUCAUCACCGAUCCUGCCAACUUCAGGUUCCAGUUUGGCGUGGGGACAAACCAGGCCCAGGACUUCCCCGGGGCAGGAUCCAUCAAGCGCAGCGGGGGUGCCGGCGCCGGCGCCGUCUUCAAGAGCAGCGCCAUCCCCCUGGCGCUCUUCACCCUCAACCGCUGCACUGCCGUGGCCGUGCAUGUCCACCCCAACUCUGCUGAGACGCUAUUCGUGACCCAGGGCAAGAUCCGCAUCUACCAGUUCCGUGGUGAGGAGGACCAGGCCAACGUGCGUGUGACUGAUAUCAGUGCAAACCAGGCUGGCUACAUCCAGCAGGGGGCCUACCACUUUGUCGAGAACAUCUCGAGUGGCACCACCAAGUUCCUGCAGAUCUUCGACCACCCCCAGGGCGGCGCAGUCUUUGCUGCUCCCGCCCUGGUGGCCCUGCGCAACGCCGGCGGCAACGCCGCCGCCAUCGUCAACUCCGCCUUCAGCUCCAACGUGCUGGGCGCAGGCGUGACGGCCAAGGGCGCCAUCAUCAACGUGGCUGGGUGCAACUGGUAA